CCCUCCGUCUGGGCCGUCUGGCCCAUCUCGCUGCCGAGUGCCUCAGCCCCCUCGGCCCUCGCUCCGCUCGUCUUCCUCCUCGCGCGAGCGCCGCCACCCCUCUCCUGCCCAAUCCCGCUGCCGAGCGCCCCAGCCCCCUAGCUCGUCUUCCUCCUCAGCGCGAGCGCCUCCGCCGCAGUUAAAAAAUCAUCAACACAGGAAUGGCAAUGCCUUGGACAAGAGUAUUGAAGCAAGGAAUUAUACCAAGAGAUGCAGCUCAGUUGAUCGGGGCCAGAGGCCUUGCAGUUGCAGCCAAGGGAAAGAAGGGUGGAAAAGGUGGCACAGCUGAUGCUAAACCUGUGCUCAGCAAGGAAAUGAAGAGCACAACUGUGUUUGGUGCAAAUAUCCUGAAGGAGGGUUCUGAUCCAAAGAUCCAGCCAGAUGCAGAGUACCCUGACUGGCUGUGGCACCUGGUCGACAAGCGUCCCGUGCUGAGUGAGCUGCGGAGGAAAGAUGCCAAGGAACUCCCUUAUGAAGACCUGAAGCGUUUCGUCAAGCUGGACAACCGGUUUCGGAUCAAGGAAAACAAUGCUCUCACUGCGAAGAACUGAUCACGAGAGUUUCAUCUCAAGUAGUGUUCGAAGCCAUAUCAUAGUGCCCGUCUUUCCUUGAUAUUUACUAGACGAACAUGAUAGUUAUUUUGGUAAUAAUGUAGCUGCUACCAGGAAAGUUGGCACAUCUUAGUUGCUUGGCUUGGCGCGAUGUAGCCUAGGCCACCAACGUGUUUGGUUUCAUAAUCUUCUGAUAAGAUAUAACCUCUGUAUUUUGCAGCCAUUUUCCUCGCUUGUUUACCGGACAUUCUGAAUUUCAGAUGUUUGGAAAUUUGUGCACUCCCAAAUAUCUAGUUCAACUGUCCGUUCAAA